AUGAAGCUUCCAGGGGGUCCGGAUGUCGAGCUGGCCACGGAGUACUCCACGUCCUCCAGCCUGGAGAACCAGCUUUCGCAGGUGGCGAAGCUCAUUCGCGUCCACGAGGUGCGGAAGGCAGAGCGGGACUUCUUCUUCGUCCGGAUCGGCGGCUGGGACAUGCACUCGAACCUGCUGUCUGGCCUGACCUCGAGGUUCGGCGAGAUCAACCGGGCUCUGCGCGGCUUCGUUGCAGAGAUGAAGGCGCAAAACAUGUGGGACAACGUGGUGCUGGCCAGCUCCUCGGAAUUUGCACGUACGCUGGACUCCAACGGGGGCGGCAGCGACCAUGCUUGGGCCGGCCAGCAUUUUGUUCUCGGAGGGAAAGUCAAGGGUGGGCAGAUGCUGAACCAGUUCCCUUCCAGCUUAAAGGAAGGGGCCUACAACGACCUCGGGCGUGGUCGCCUGAUUCCAGCCUAUCCAUGGGAGGCGAUGCUGAAGCCUAUUGCAGAGUGGAUGGGCCUUGACACGAGCUCCCAGGAGACGUUGGAUGCAGUGUUCCCGAACAUCGGGCGCUUCAACUCAUCCAUCGUGCCGGGGGCCCGCGGCAGGGGAUCGGCAGAGUGGCUGACUGGUGUGGACAGCAGUGCCUUCCUGGUGCUUCCCUUGAGAGCGGACUUCGGCGAUGGGCUACCUCCGGAGGACGAGUACAAAGUGAUCGCCAUGGUGGUGUGUAGGGCCGGGGUACUGUACUGGGACAGUGCUGUGGUUUAUGAGGAGCUUUUCUUCCGGCCACUAGCCACUGUAGCGGCAAGCUUGGAUUCUCAGAAAGAGGGCGCUGACGUCCCUGGCAAGCUCAGGCUGCAAGCUUGGACUUGUCUGGUGUGUCCGACUCGUGGUGGAUGCAUCUAA